AUGUCCGCCCCUCGGAACAACAGCAGUAACCCCGGCCAAAACGCCAGCCCAGCUCAGCCCAGCUCCCCAAGCACCGCCCUCCCCUCGGACCCCGCUGAUAUCCCGUCCCAGAUCCCGUCGGCGCCGCGCCGCUUGGUCGCCGCCGCCGCCGCCGCCGCCUCACCUCCCCCGGCUCCCGCCCCGCACCGCUUCCACGACGCCGACUCCCUCCCGACGCCCUCGCCGUGGCCCACGAGCCCCACCCGCGCCAACGUCGGCGUGCAAGACGACGGCCGGCGCUGCCCCCACCAGGACGUGUACCCCUGCUUCUGCCGCGGCGACACGGAGCUCCAGGGCUGCGUCUGCAGGCGCUGCCGAAACGAGCCGUGCCCCGUGGACAUCAUGGUUUUUAGCGGCGCGGCCGAGGUGGUCGAGCGCGCGCUUGAGGCCGAGAUCGCCCGCGGGCGCAACUGCUGGCUGUUCGAGGAGGAGCUCCGGCUGGCUCUGGAUGCCGCGCGCCGCCGCGAGAGGAGCUCCCGAUGA